CCCUUUCCUCGCGCUGCUUCCGCGCCGUCACGGCGCUGGGCUGCCGACGCGUCGACCUGGAGGCGGCGGAGUGGGCGUGGCUUGAGCCCGGUCCUCCUUCGCGCCCCUCUGAGGGGACGAGACUGCGUGGCGCUCGAGGCUCCAGCAGCGGCUCUUCUUCAGAAAAUACCCCUUCAGAGUGGGCUACAAUGGAGAUGGUUCAACCACUCUUGAACAGUGAUGCAACUUUGGACCUUCAAGAGCAGGAGGCCAACAAAGGGCUGGGAGGAGAAACAGAAGAUUCUGAAGACACUCAACUUCUAUGUACUGCAGGUGAUCCAAAGAUGGAAGCCCUGGACAGCAGAAAAGAGAGAAUUGCUAGAGACCCAGAGAGCUGCGAUAUCCCUUUUUAUGUGUCUGAAUUUGUGGAAAGGGAGGUUGGAACAGACUACGAGUCAUUAAGCAAGCUUGGCAGACUUAUUGAACAGCUGUCAGAAAAUAAAGCAAAGCUGGAAGAACAGGUGCUCACAGUUUCGUCUGAAGUUCCCAAAAGAAUUCAGAAGGCCUUGCAGAAUGCAGAAGACUCUAAAAAAUCUCUCAAUCAGCUUCUAGAGAAGGAAAGCCUGUUGUACGAUUCAAUUAAUGAUCACUUGAUGACAUCUAAGCCAUGGAUGGAGGAUCUGGGUGUACUGAUAAGUCAAAUAAAAGAAGUUGAAAGGCACCUGGCUUAUUUAAAAUGGAUUUCACAAAUAGAGGAGUUAAGUGACAACAUUCAGCAAUAUCUCAUGACUAACAAUGUGCCAGAGGCUGCUACAACUCUAGCAACCAUGGCUGAAGUUGAUAUCAAGCUUCAGGAGUCAUCUUGUUCUCAUCUUCUUUCUUUUGUAAGAUCUACUGUUCAAUUCUGGCACAAGAUCCUGAAGGAUAAAUUGUCAAGUGAUUUUGAGGAGACUUUAAAUCAUCUUCAUUGGCCAUUUGUUGCACCAACACAAUCCCAGCCAUUUGGCUUGGCUACACCGCCAGCCAACGCCCAAGAGAUAUACACAAACUUUGAGACACUCUUUUCUCAGCUUCUGAAACUACAAACUUCCGAUGAACUAUUAACCAAACCAAAACAGCUUCCAGAAAAAUACAUUCUUCCUCCGUCUCCACCUAUCAUACUACCUAUGCAGAUCAUGCUGGCUCCUCUUCAGAAAAGAUUCAAGUAUCACUUCACAGGAAAUAGACAAACCAAUGUGCUGAGCAAGCCUGAAUGGUACCUAACCCAGGUACUCAUGUGGAUAGGAAAUCAUGCUAAGUUUCUUGAAGACAAAAUCCAACCAGCGUUGGACAAGGCAGGUGUAUCGGUGAAUGCAAAGCUGGAAUUUUCCCGAGCUUUGGUGAUGCUGAUUCUUGAGAAGCUGGCUGCCGAUAUCCCUUGCUUGCUGUAUGACGACAACCUCUUUUGUCACCUGGUGGAUGAGGUACUUCUCUUUGAGAGAGAGCUGCACAGCGUUCAUGGGUAUCUCAACAGCUUCCCCAGCUGCACGCACAUUCUAUCAGAAGAAACCUGUUUUCAAAGAUGGUUAACUGUGGAAAGAAAAUUUGCUCUUCAAAAGAUGGACUCAAUGCUUUCAUCUGAAGCUGCCUGGAUAUCACAGUAUAAAGACAUUACAGAUGUCGAUGAAAUGAAAGUCCCAGAUUGUGCUGAAACUUUUAUGACUCUGCUACUGGUUAUCACAGAUAGAUAUAAACACCUUCCUGCAGCUGCUCGGAAGCUUCAGUUCCUAGAGUUGCAGAAGGAGUUGGUGGAUGACUUCAGGAUACGGCUCACUCAAGUUAUGAAGGAAGAGACCAGAAUGCCUUUAGCCUUUCGCUACUGCGCCAUCCUCAAUGCUGUGAACUACAUAGCAACAGUCCUGGCAGACUGGGCGGACAACGUUUUCUUUUUGCAGCUUCAGCAGGCGGCGCUGGAAGUUUGUGCUGAUAGCAACGCACUAAAUAAGCUGCAGCUAGGACAACUGGCUUCCAUGGAAAGCUCCGUAUUUGAUGACAUGAUCAACCUCCUGGAGCGACUAAAGCAUGACAUGCUGACUCGUCAGGUGGACCAUGUCUUCAGAGAGGUCAAAGAGGCUGCCAGGAUGUACAAAAAGGAAAGAUGGCUGUCUUUGCCUUCCCAGUCAGAACAGGCUGUGAUGUCUCUGUCAGCCACUGCCUGCCCACUGCUAAUGACCUUGAGAGACCAGCUCCUGCAACUAGAGCAACAGCUUUGCUACUCGUUGUUCAAAAUCUUCUGGCAAAUGCUUGCAGAGAAGGUGGACUUGUUUAUCUAUCAGGAAAUCAUUCUGGCCAAUCACUUUAAUGAAGGAGGAGCAGCGCAGCUACAGUUCGACAUGACCAGGAAUCUUUUCCCUUUGUUCUCACAUUACUGCAAGAGGCCAGAGAAUUAUUUCAAACACAUAAAGGAGGCCUGUAUUGUGCUGAAUUUAAAUGUUGGCUCAGCCCUACUUUUAAAGGAUGUUCUUCACUCAGCCACUGAAAACAGAACUGAAACCACCUUGAAUUCAAGUCAGCCCACAGCAAUGGCAGCAUUAAAUGAACUUGGAAUUUACAAGUUAGCGCAGCAAGAUGUUGAGAUUCUUCUUAAUUUGAGAACAAACUGGCCUAACACUGGGAAAUGAGCAAACAGAUUAAUCACUGUUGAAUUCUAUGAGAAACAAAGCCUACUUUUCUCUGUGCUAAACUAACUUUUUUAGUGAAGAUGAAAGAGCUGUAUACAUGUCACAGUUUCAAAGAUACAAUUUCGUGUUGGGUACAGUUCAGCAAGUAUUAUAAUUGAACAAUAUGUUCAGCUGGAAUAUAUUCUUGUCCAACACCAGUGUGACAAAUACAGUUUUCUCAGCUGACGUUCUGUGGUAAUCAAGUAAAGUUAUUGUCAUUACAGGGCAUAUUCUAAUACAUCUAAAACAUUGUGUACAUACAUGUACACAAGCAACAAGCCCCUUACAGGAACAGAUUAAGAGUGUGUGUCUCUUAAUCUCAAAGUCGUGGAUUGAGCCCCACACAGGGCAAAAGAUUAAUGCACUGCAGAGGGUUGGACUAGAUAAUCCUUGUGCUCCCUUCGAACUCUACAAUUCUAUGAUUCUAUUCUAGGAUCCUUCUAGGAGUUUGUGGGAACUGCAUUUUAUGAGCUAACCUGAGUUGCUUCCCCUUGUUGGCUGUUUAGUCACACAGAAGCCUGUUAAGUCUGGCUGGAUUGUUGCUAGGGUUUUCCAACAACUCUUUGCAAGGGCUCUGAGCUGUUAACACCAGACAUAUUGCAGUGGUCCGCUAUCAACACUAGGGGCUUACAGUGGUUUGCAGCAUUUUCUGUGAUUUCUAUGCCUUCGUCUGGAAGUCUAGAGCACUCUGAAACAGCUGCAGUCCUAAUCAAACUGAAGAUCAGCCAGAGAGAACUUGAGAACUGGUUUGUCGUUUUGUCUUCCUGGUCUGUUGUUCCUGUCGACAUCCCCUGUUGCUGAGGACUGAGAUUUUGCAUUUUCCCUGAUGAAGAGCAAGUAGACAACUGUUUAAUUAUUUGUUUGUUGAAAAAUUGGGCUGGGGGGUUGCUACAGGCCUGGGUAGAAAGAGGGGAAAGCAAAGGCUAGAGAAAUAAAAAGGAUUGGUGUCUAGAUAUAGGUGGCCCAGCUAAAGACCGUGGCAGAUCAUGAAUAGUGCAGUAUUUAUAAUUAUCUGGUGAAGACUGGGAGCCAGUGGCCAAGUUGGUCUGAGAGGGUGCCUUGUGUAAAAGGUUGCACAGGUAAGUUUUUAAAGGUGGCCAAACUGUGCAGUCAGAAGUACAGCCAUAGGAGCUUUGGGGUGAAGAAAGAGUUUAGUUUGUUUCAUUUCAUAAAAUUAAUACACUGGUUUAUAAAACAAGGCUCCCCCAAACCUCAAAGCGAUUUACAAGAGAGGAUUUGCCACAAUAGCUGAACUGGGUUGUGAGAAUAAUUGGCUGGCAUGGAAAUGGGGGGGGGGGGGAGAGAAUUUGGCCUGCAGUAAAAGUCUCUUAGAGGCUGGCUCUUGAGUCUUUGGGAAGACUGCAGGAUGUAAAUAUCAGUAUUUCCUUGGGUACAAAGGUUGUCUUUAAUAAAGCAAUGAUCUUAGUUUAAA